AAAGAAUUAGAUGGGUCAUGGGUAUCUCCCGACUCGAACCUACUCAACCCUAACGAACAUCACCGCGGCCGGAGGACUGUGUCACUUUGUUUUGGGGACCCUUCUCGAGAAGACAAAACACUUCAGCUCAACUUCCACUAGUCCACACCACCUCUCAUACAACCCCUCUGAUUUUAAUGACUCAACAGAUUUUGCUAGUUGGAAGGGAGGUUGUCUUUUACAACAAUGCUUGGAUGUUGAGCCCACUGCAAUAAUUGAAAUUUGAGCAGUGGUUCAUGCAUCUUUAUGCUGGCAUCAAAAGUUCGCAUUGGGGCUGGAGCAGUAGCAGAUCCUUCUGUCACAAUUAGUUGAACAUCAAGUGGAGUCUACUGCUUGAGUAAAACAUUACCUUUUGGGAGUUCACUUGGACAACACUUUUCAUUCUUUCACAUUUAUUUUAAGCCGUUGCUAUUCUGUUAACCUAGAAAACAAGACAGAGGCCUUGUUGUCUAAGCCUUGUCUCCAUGAAGGUCACCUCAAAGCUCGCAAGGAAGGCUUUUCAUUUCCUCUCUAGGGGACGAAGCACAUCAAUUCAGCUGCCCUCCUGCUAUGUCAAUCUGCGCCAUAUCUCAUGCAGCCCCUCUGAAGUCAACAAGAUUUUCAAUGAUGACUCACUGGAGUUCGCUAGAUGGAAGAAUGGUGGUGGUCUUUUCCAUCAGUCCUCAGACAUUGACCCCACUGCAAUAAUUGAAAUAGGAGCAGUGGUACAUGGAAACUGUAUGCUGGCAUCAGAUGUUCACAUUAGGUCUGGAACAGUAGUGGGGUCUUCUGUAUCUAUUGGGCAGUCAACGAAGGUAGGGUACAAGUCUGUGCUAACUAAUUGCUCUGUAGGCAACUUUUCAACAAUCCAUAAUGGCGUCUGUGUCGGUCAAGAUGGGUUUGGAUUUUUUGUUGAUGAGAAUGGGCACAUGGUGAAGAAGCCCCAAGAGCUGUUUGUAAGGAUUGCGAACCAUGUGGAGAUAGGCGCAAACACAUGCAUUGAUAGGGGCAGAUCAAAGAUUCAUCUGAGUCGAUGGAUUUCAUUCUGUUGGAGAGACACGGUAAUAGGAGAUCAUACCAAAAUAGAUAAUCUUGUUCAGAUAGGCCACAACGUAGUUAUUGGAAAGUGCUGUAUGCUCUGUGGACAAGUUGGCGUCGCUGGCUCCGUGACGAUAGGUGAUUAUGUCACUUUGGGAGGCAGAGUAGCCAUACGAGAUCAUGUGACCAUCGCUUCAAAGGUUAGACUUGCAGCAAAUAGCAGUGUUACAAAGGACAUUACAGAGCCGGGCGACUAUGGCGGUUUUCCUGCUGUAAGAAUCUACAUUUUAUACUCGCCAUUUUCUUCAAAUGCCAAGACUGUUUCUGCUUUUGCUUCUCACCUUCUCUUCAGGUGCCUAUCCGCGAGUGGCGUAGACAAUUUGCUCGACUGCGUAGCACCUGCAAGUAAUCUACUGAGUCGAGCAUCGACCAGAUGAAACCCCUGUCGACAUUGCAUUUGAAUUAUUGGGUCCAAAGUUCAGAUUCUGUAUGCAUAGCUCAAUGAGAAUUUAUUAUCAAUUGAUAAAUAAAAUGAGGUAUAUUUAUUAUCAA